UAUGUCAUGCUCAACACCCCGCGGACCCAAUAAAUCGCCAAAUUUGUGAAAUUGCAACACAGUUUGGAAGAUCUGACAUCUCUAACUCGUCGAGUGGUGGCGCGUAAACGACGUCUCCCACAGAUGCGUAUUGGUUCACAUUCAUGUGCCAUCUCUGAAUAUAAAGUCGCCAUUUGUUUGAUUGCAUCUAGAUCCCGGAGAGUGGAGCAUUGGUACACCACGACUCCAACUGGAAGCUUCUCUGGGCUGCACCAGAAAACCCCCGUACAGCUCCCUCGCCAGGUCUCCCCGGGAUCCGUGUUUUGCAUCGCUCCUCAAUUUGCAUUUCUUCCUCAGAUUUUCCGUGCGACGGGUUCAGCCGCUCGAAACCAGCGGGCGCUCCACGGCUCUAUUGUACGUGCGCCUCCAUUUCCAAAGCAAUACGCGCAGAGAGAAAAAACCUCUGGAAAUUUUGAAUAAUGUUGCCGAAGCUCCACGAGCGGGGAAAUUGAGGACAUUUUUUGAUUUACUGUUAUUUCUGUUGCGUACCUACGGAGACAGACACGUGUCUUCGGGGUGAACAGAAAGGGCUAGAUCGUGUCAGCAGAUAGCAUUGUUUUUCUUCCCCCCUUUUGUUUGUUAUAGACGACCGAGUUCAAGCUUGGCGACGAGCUAUACAUUUCAGUUUGUGCGCCUUGGUGAUAAAGACGCAUUUGGAGAUGUCGGAAGUGCUGCCUUUCAACGAAGAAAAAAUGAGUCAUUAUGGAAAUGAGGGCGACGAGGGACACCUUUCCUUCACCUGUCGUCUUCAAGACACCAACAACUUCUUCAAUGGAUCACAGAACAAACGUCCGCCGAAACUCGGACAAAUAGGCAGGAGCAAACGGGUUGUGAUUGAGGAUGAGAAUGGCGACGACGAAGCGCUGAAAAAUGGAACAGAGAAGACCCCGGCAGAGGCUUAGAGCGCUCGGCUCAACACCCCCCAAAAGACACUCUUGAAAAUUUUUUAUGGCGAUAUUUACCAAUUUUAAUCCAAAGACACUGUAGAUAAGCACUUUCUCUCAUGUGGCAGCAAGCAGCACUUCCACGCCCUCCUCUCCCAGUCAGUCAUGGCCAUCAGAGUGACACACACUGGCAGGGGCGGGAGAUGGCAGCGAAGGAGACCCCCAGGUGGACCCCCCCACCCCAUCCCUGACACACACAUACACACACACACACAGACACAGAUACACUCACACAUUCACACAAACAAACACACCCUCGAUUGCAGGGUUUCGCCAUAAAUCCAAAAGCGGGAGAAGAAGACGGGGGGGGGGGGGGGGGGGCAAGGUGAAGGAAGGAGGCGACGCUGUCGAAAUGCAGAAAUCAGGGACAGGAUACAGAAAUAAAUCUAAUAUAAAAACUAAAGCACACACUUCUCCUAUAUCUUAUCAAUCAAACCUAUGGUACCAUUCUUUCUGCUCUUCAUUUUGACUGAGGGCAAAUGAAUAACAGAGUUUGUAAAUAUGGAAAGGGUAGCCCAUAUUUUCUUGCACAAAGUGGGAAGCGGUAAACUGGUUUGUUCUCUGUGUUGAAGACUUUAUUUAUUGAUCCUUUGGAAUAUGUCUUUUGCAGUGACUUAAGGCCCGAGGGAGUGUUCUUUUGUAUGUCGAGAAAACUUUGAGUGAAUGGAAGUGACAUUUUUUUUUCACUUAACAAUUUCUUGAUGUUGCCUGAGUGUUUUUUGUUACCAUACUUUGCAGCUAACGAGUCAUUUAUAUACAGUGUACCUCCCACCUGUUUGUAAGCUUCCCAGGCUUUCACCUGGAUUGGUUGAUACUGUAACUUGACUGUACACACCCUAUUGAUAAACUAUUUAUAUUGCAUUGUGCAUUAUCGUGUGUGCCAAAUCUCAUGAGGGAUUAAUACUGUACAAGACAACUUGUUCUUUUUUUGUGCUUUAUACAUUUACUCAUACAGUUCAGUUGUUUUGUUGGGUCGCCAUUUUUUAGGGCUCUUUCUUAAAACACUGAGAUACCAACUCAUGCAUGGCAAAUAUGAAAUCAUGCAUGCACGGCAGAAGUUCUGAAACUCUUGUGUAUUCUUGAAGCACCUCGUAUACAGCUUUGAAUGACAAACCUCGACAAAACAGUCUUAAUUCUGCGUUGUACUGUACGAUUCACACUGAUUUGUACAGUGGCCUAAUAUCUUGUAAUAAAGAUUAUGACAAAGUACUAUUUACUGUUUAGUGUUGAUUGUGGUUUAAGGAAUUAUGUACUUGAUGUUGCUUUUUUGUCGUUGUUUUUUUAAACUGUUCUAAAACUGUAGCAAAAACACAAAAAUAUAGUUUUGUAUCAGACAGACGAAGACACAAGCGAAUAGCACGGCUGACUUUUGGAUGUGUUCCUUGUACAGUUUCCCCUGUUGUUACUGGAUUGCCUUUCUGGCUGCCAAGGAAGGUCAAGUCAGCAUUUUCCACUGUGAGAAAGUAGCAUCCCAUUCUUUGGAAAGAUCAGAUAUGGAAGGGGGAGACAGGAAUGGGAAGAAAGAUGAGCAAAUAAUCCCGUCCAGAAUUUGAAAUUCACACUUGUUUUGAUUUGUUUAAAAGGAGAGCUGAGACACUCGGCUUGGACGACUGCGCAACAGACUACGAUCUCAUAAAGAGCUACAGUAUUGCAAAUGAUUCUGUGGGGGAAAAAUGUA